GAAGAAGAAGAAGAUAUGGCGGCAGCAUCAGAAUCGAUUAUGAAAAUAUUACCCAACUCUUCUUCAGCCCUCUGCAACUUAAAUGGCUCUUCCCGUAGGCCUCUGCCGCCCGUCUCUCAAUCCACGCGCCGCCGUAGGUGUAACCCUUCUUCCAGAGUUCGUGCCCUUUCUUCUUCGUUUCUUGGCACCGUCCGCCUCAGCUCCGCCGCCGCCAAGCUCUCGACUUUGCAGCAGAGAAGGAACUUGUCUGUAUUUGCCAUGGCUGCUGCCCCUGUUGAGGAAAAAAGAACGGUCCCACUAAGAGACUACCGUAACAUCGGAAUCAUGGCCCACAUAGACGCGGGCAAAACCACCACAACAGAGCGUAUCCUCUACUACACGGGCCGCAACUACAAGAUCGGAGAGGUCCACGAGGGCACCGCCACAAUGGACUGGAUGGAGCAAGAGCAAGAGCGAGGGAUCACCAUAACUUCCGCUGCGACCACCACAUUCUGGAACAAGCACCGCAUCAACAUCAUCGACACACCAGGCCACGUGGACUUCACGCUCGAGGUCGAGCGGGCCCUACGUGUCCUCGACGGCGCCAUCUGUCUCUUCGACAGCGUCGCCGGAGUCGAGCCCCAGUCGGAGACAGUCUGGCGGCAGGCCGAUAAAUACGGGGUUCCCCGUAUAUGCUUCGUCAACAAAAUGGACCGCUUGGGAGCAAAUUUCUUCCGCACAAUAGACAUGAUUGUAAGUAACCUCGGAGCCAAACCCUUAGUCCUCCAAAUACCCGUCGGAGCCGAAGACACCUUUAAGGGCGUAAUCGACAUUGUAAGAAUGCAAGCAAUUAUUUGGUCCGGCGAAGAAUUGGGCGCGAAGUUCUCCUACGAGGAAAUACCCGAAGAUCUUCAAGAUUUGGCUCAUGAGUAUCGCGCCCAAAUGAUCGAAAACAUAGUUGAGCUCGAUGACGAGGCGAUGGAGGGGUACCUAGAAGGGCUCGAGCCAGAUGAAGAAACUAUCAAGAAGCUAAUUCGGAAAGGGACUAUUGGGGGAUCUUUCGUUCCAGUUUUGUGUGGGUCCGCUUUUAAAAAUAAAGGUGUGCAGCCACUAUUGGAUUCGGUGGUGGACUAUUUGCCUUCUCCCGAGGAGGUGCCGCCAAUGAAAGGAACCGACCCCGACGACCCGGAAUUGAUAAUCGAACGAGGGGCGAACGACAGCGAGCCCUUUGCUGGAUUGGCUUUCAAGAUUAUGAGCGACCCUUUUGUGGGUUCACUCACUUUCGUUAGGGUUUACGCGGGAAAGCUCGAGGCGGGUUCUUACGUGCUCAACUCGAAUAAAGGAAAAAAAGAGAGAAUUGGUAGACUUCUUGAAAUGCACGCGAAUAGUAGAGAGGAUGUCAAGGUUGCCCUAACGGGGGAUAUUAUUGCGCUUGCUGGUCUGAAAGAUACUGUUACCGGCGAGACUUUGUGCGAUCCGGAAAAACCGAUUGUUCUUGAAAGAAUGGAUUUCCCGGACCCUGUUAUUAAGGUUGCGAUUGAACCUAAGACGAAAGCGGAUAUCGAUAAGAUGGCGGUUGGGUUGAUUAAACUUGCGCAAGAGGAUCCUUCUUUCCAUUUUUCGAGAGAUGAAGAGAUUAAUCAGACGGUUAUUGAAGGCAUGGGAGAGUUGCAUCUUGAGAUUAUCGUUGAUCGGCUUAAAAGGGAAUAUAAGGUGGAAGCAAACGUGGGAGCGCCACAAGUCAACUACCGGGAGAGCAUAUCAAAGAUAACAGAAGUCAAAUACGUCCACAAGAAGCAAUCGGGCGGGUCGGGUCAGUUCGCUGACAUCACCGUCCGAUUCGAGCCGUUGGAAGCUGGCAGCGGGUACGAGUUCAAGAGCGAGAUCAAGGGUGGAGCUGUGCCCAGGGAGUACAUUCCAGGUGUCGUCAAGGGAUUGGAGGAGAGCAUGAGCAACGGUGUUUUGGCCGGAUACCCCGUCGUUGAUGUUCGUGCUGUGUUGGUCGAUGGGUCCUACCACGAUGUUGACUCCAGCGUCUUGGCGUUCCAGCUGGCGGCAAGAGGGGCGUUUAGGGAAGGUAUUAGGAAGGCGGGCCCACGCAUGCUCGAGCCUAUUAUGAAGGUGGAGGUUGUUACGCCCGAAGACCAUUUGGGUGAUGUCAUUGGUGACCUCAACUCGAGGAGAGGGCAAAUCGAGAAUUUUGGAGAUAAACCUGGUGGCUUGAAGGUGGUGGAUGCUUUGGUGCCGCUGGCGGAGAUGUUUCAGUAUGUGAGUACAUUAAGAGGAAUGACGAAAGGGCGAGCUUCGUAUACGAUGCAGUUGGCUAAAUUUGACGUUGUGCCUCAGCAUAUUCAGAACCAGCUCGCUACAAAAGAAGAGGCUGUUACUGCCUGAUCUUGAUUCCUCGUACUAAACAAAAAAUAUAAAUACAAUUCGCUAUUGCAAAGAUUGAUGUUCUUUUCGUUUAUAAUUUAAUUUUUUUCUUUUUUUUUUUUUUUUUUUUUUUGUUUGGGGGAACGAUGAGCAGAUUUUUUGCACAUAGAACAAUUGAAUGGUGAAGGUAUAGAAGAGACAGCUUCAGUUGUCUGCUUUUUUAUCGGU